UAACUGUCAGUUUCAUUCAAUUCGAUUUUAAUUCAAACUUAACACAUAACAUUAAUAACUUGUAUUUUGUUUAAUUUUUCUAUAAUACAUAUAUACUGUUCUGAUAUGUAUUUAGUACUUAAUAAAAUAUUUAAAACUUAAAAGCCAUAUACGUGACUAUCUAAUUUUACACAGCUGAAACUGAUUUAGAUAUUAUGGAUAACACAAGUUUUGAGCCAAUGGAUGUUGACCUAAGUAGUAAUUCAAUCACUUAUAUGGAUGUUUCAUUUAAUGAGCCUCAUGAAGAAUUUACUCCUGUGCCUGUUAAAGAAGAGCCUAUAUUUGAACCUGCUCCAACAAAUAAUUGCACACUUCCUACACUAACUAUUCCUACUCAAGCAUCAGCAACAGGUGUUAAAGUUUAUCAUAUAAUAAAGAAAAAUGACAGAAAACAAACUUUUAAUACGACCCAUAUAGCAGUUUCCAUAUUACUGGUAACAUGUUUAUCCAUGGUUGUCUAUCAAAUAAUAAAUGUGAAUUGUAGUAGUGAAUUGGAUCCAGACUACCUCAAUGAAAAACUGCACCAAAAGGUUUAUGGACAAUAUACCGCUGUGACUGAAAUAGUUAGUGCUUUAAAGUAUGAAUCAAGAACAAAACUUAUAUUUUUUUAUGGAGGCACUGGUGUAGGUAAAACUUAUACCCUGUCUAUAAUGCUUGAAGAUAAGUGGAACUAUACCAAUAUAUAUCAUUAUACCAUGCCAAGUUUUGUGACUACAUUCUCAACAGAACUGAUGCUUGGUUUGACCAUAUGUAAUACGGCUGUAUUUGUAGUGGAUGAUUUAGUACCAUCAGACCUUAAACAGAUAAAAAUACAUAUAAUAGAUGUUAUUCGAAAAAAUUAUGAUAUGAAUAAAUAUAUUGUGAUGAUUCUAGUCUUCAAUUGUGAUAAUUCAGACAAGGACUUAAUGAGAAAAUGUGACAAUACAUUUUAUAAAGAAGUUGAGAGAAUUUUCAAUGACAUCAAUGCAUUUAAACAGUUUGUGAAGUUUGAAGAGUUAUCUGAACGACAUUUGAAAAAAUGCAUUGAGGAUGAAUUGGGUGAAGGCUUAGAUGAUGUUCACUUUAACAAUAUUGCAAAGAAUUUUAAUGUCUCCCAGGAUGGAUGCAAAGGAGUUCAUAAGAAAAUAAAGAUUUUGAAUAACUUAUAAGCAGGAGCGUCUGAUGCACGGUGCGUCUUGUGUAUCGCCCGCUCGACUUGUAAUAAACGGGCAUAUCGAUCGUGGACUACCCUUUUUCUCUGAAAUGCGUGCCUACUGUGUAUUCGGUGAUCGUUUCAAUUUGGCGGGAGCCAAAUCUGCGACACUAGAGCGUAUGAAGCUGAUUCGAAAAGUUUCAGCGGAUCUUUGGCGGACAAAGCUCUCUCCGUUAUGAACCCCUGCCAUGUCAAUGACCCCAUAGCAUCAAAAGGUUUUGGCUAUUGCGAAUGUUACCCAACACGAGGCAAUCUAGAACGAGCCGAGAAAAAGGAUCGAACUUUUGAUUACUUUU